AUGCUUCAUCAAUGCUUACAGUCAGUUUAUCGAAAAUGAUAAAAUAACCUCCACCUCCAAAUGCCCACCAUCAGACCCAUUGGCAAUUUGUACCCCGAAGAAUGUCGUUGGGCCGGCAUCUCAUGUGACGGCACUUGAUCGGGCAAACAACACAGUUAACCAGCUGACGCGGCUCAAUCCUCCAAGCACCACCGUACUGCAGAACUCCAAAGUUGAAAGUUCCAGUUCAUCGCAGCAGCAGAAAUGUAGUGUGUCGGAGUAUUUUGUCCUUCCGACAUCAACCACAGUAGAUGUGCUAACAGCGUCAGGGGCAAGUAGCACCACCCAGCUCUACACCUUAGCCCCGGUCGAGAAUUCUAGUUACAUCGCCUCGCCUGUCGUGUCGCUCGAAGCCGCAAUCGCCACCGGGACCGGCGCUCAGGAUCGAAGUCUUAGCGAAAGCAGCAUACUGUGGUCAGCGCUAACGGAUUCGCCGAUCCAAAUGCAGCCGACGGCCGUGCCAUUCAAGGGAGAUGUUUGCAAGGACAUACAGCAAAUGUCCUUCGUUUGAUCAGCUUACAGCGAGAUACCAUGACCGUACAGUUUGUGCAUCGCGUGCCCGGAAGCUACGUAGAUAGAAGGAAAAGUAUAAAUGCUCGCUAAGGCACACAUUUGGCCGAUUGAAUAGUGAAAUGGUUAGUAUUACUCUCUCACAGACCUAUAGUAAUGAUGCAGCAGCGGUCGUCUGUCCGCUCCUCGCUACAAUAGUUUAAAACAUACCAAAUAUAGUGUAUGCGGAUUCUUAAACACACAUUUCGUUCACCGUGAUCCGAUCCUACAACCAAUCAACCUGCAACAACAGCAAUUUUCCGGCCGUUGGAAUUGUGUUUAGUUUAUUUUAAUGCGGAACCCAACUACUUCUAGCCGCUUAUGUUGUAAAAACUGCUAGUUAUAUUGUGCUACUGACUUACUUUUAAAUGUUGAUCUCCUGGCAAUCGCGUUGUACCUAUCUACCAAGCCCGCCAUUAGCUCCGAGCAACAGAGACUUCCGCGAAAAUGUAUGUGUAUCAGGAUAAAUGCGUUAGAAAAAGGAUAACGAGUUUUACUAAACUUAGAAUGGAAUUACUUUUGACAGCUAAGAAAUCGUACAGCAAGAAUAGAGAACAAAAGGCUACCUAAA